AUAGAUCUAUUACUUUCUAAAUAAAUUCCGAUAUUUUAGAAUCUUAUAUAUCAGUUCCCACCAUUCAACUCUUCUGUCUUCAAAGUUAAUUACAGUCGAUAAUACAACAACAAACACCAUAGUGUACACAAUAACGAAGUCUGACAUAUUGCCAUAUCCAGCCCAUGAUGUGCCAUUGGUUAAUGAGUUUUCUAAAUUUAAACUAAAAUCCGCUUUUUAAUCAUUGAAUUAAUGGUGAAACUUUUCUUUUAGGUAUCGCUAAGGUAGGAGGUAACUUAGAUGGAUAUCUCGGUAUUAGUCAUUCAGUCAAGCGUGAACUGGUACAUCCCCUAACGUAAUAACCAUACACUCAAUCACAUCAACACACGCCCACACAAAAAAGCCCCCCACCCCACCCCACGCCACCGAGAAACAGCGCCCUGGUAUAUUUACGUUAAAAAAAGCUACAUCCGGACAUGUAGAAAAGAAUAAAAUAACUUCCACCAGCAGACGUCACGUCAAUGAGCCGGGCCGACAAACACAGUACACAAUAAGACACGCGAGUCACUUAGGUCUCAGGCAGGUGAAUAGACGGUCGACCUUUUUUUUUUUUGUACUUCUUUUGUUUUAAUUUGACUUUUUAGUUAGUUUACCAUCAAGUUAGAGCCCGGGCAAGAAGAAACUUCCACUAAAAAGUUAUUUGUUUCGUUAAAAAAAAAAUCACACAAAAAAAAUCCUGCGUAGUUUAGAUUUUUAAGUUAGCAGAAACAUUUUUCGAACGAAGAGUUGAGUGUUUUUUGUUUUUUUUUAUUUUUGUGGACAAACAACUGACCCCGACGGUCAUCUGUGUUUUUGGAUUGACCAUCCUGCCUAAUUGGUAAUUUGUAAAUUAGUUGAAACUAAUCGUUGCAAACAAGUGUUUCGUUUGGUUUCAUGCAGACAGUUAUUUUCUACUAACAGGUGUGUAAUAUUCUAACGGAAAAAUAAAUGGCGUCCAUUCGUCCAUCCAGUGCUCUGAUAGCUACUCUGUUCACGCACUUCAUCAUCUUUGUCGUUGUGGCGGUGUUCAACUUCAGUAUAGUGGACAAUGCCCUGCCCAUCAACUUCGGCCUGGGCAUCUCUCUGAUGGUGCUGUCACUGACAGCGUUGCUGUUGGUUGUCACAUCACAAGAUCCAGAGACCAGUCUAUUGCGGUCACUGCUGAUGUCCAUCAGUGGUAUGUGGACAGCGAUUGGCCUCUACCAUGUAGUGCAGUUCUUCACCCCUGUGGUUUUGAACGAUUCAGAAGCUCUUUGGGCAGGCUACGGAACGUUUCUCUUGGCGUAUCUGUUCUUCAUAGGCGGAGCCCUUCACCACAAAGACCGUUUCAGCGCGAUUUUGGCUUUAGGAAUGUUUCUUUCGUGCAUAUUCGAAAUUGCGUCUCUGUGGAGGCCCAUCCGAAGGAGCGCCGCUGCCUACUAUCUCUUGCUGGCGGCUGUGACUUUUUAUAUGACUGUGUCCAAACUCUGGCAUCGUUUUAGAAGCGGAGAGUCUAGGAAGGUGGUGGUUGGUGGUGACCCCCCAAGGCCUUCAAGAGACUAUAUUCCGAUGGCCCACCUGAUGAACACCCUUGCCGCUGCUGUGUACGCCGGGCAGGUGACGGGCAUCUACAGACACGCCUCUGCCGAGUUCACGUGGGUUAUUGUAGGAGGUUUUUACCAGCUGGUCGCUGCCGUUGUAGCUGUGAGGAGGAACGAGAUCUACCACGGCCUGUACUUUAUUUUCCAUGCUACCUUCUGGAUCACCAACGGUUUUAACCUUACGGUUGUUUUCGUCACCGGGCAGAACGUGCCGCUCACCUUGGUUGCCGCCACUGUCAUCCACUUCAUCAUCUUCGCCAUUAUCGCCCUGAUCUCACUUACCAGGGAGAUUUACCAGCUGCCUCAGAACUUGGCCCUUUGCGUCCUCUGCGUCGCCAUUCUGGUCGAUGACAACAACAACGGGGCCUUCCUUGGCGCCAUGGGCUGGAUUCUCUUUGUCUUUUCCCUUUACGGGCUCGCCGCUCACAUCUCCCGUGUCAAAAAUUCUGGCUUCAAACUCCCUCUUGGCACUCGCCUCAUUGACCCUGAAAAAGUUGCCAACUUUUUCUUGACAAAGUUUAAAUUUCUUUCUUCCCACGCUAAAACAAUCGACAUCUCUUCGUCACCAUCCAAGUCUCUCUUCUCUGCCGACUUUAGCCUCGGCUAUUCUCGCUACGGUGGCUUUGACAUAGCUGGCUUUGCUUUGAAUGCCAUUGCUGCUGUGGCUAUACUUUGGGCACCUAAUGGUCUUUGGGUUCUCCCCUGGGCUGUGAUCCUUGGCGGCAUCGCACAGAUGAUUGUUGGCUCUAUAUGCUUUGCAAAAGGUUUGUCUUUUGAGAGCUGUGCGUUCUUCACUUUCGGGUCUUUGUGGUUGAUCUGGGGUCCGGCAAGAGGUCUAGGAACGCUUGCAUUCGACAAUUCCGCAGCGAUCAUCACAGGCUGUGUGGGGUUUCUGGCGGUCGGGCUUCUUCUCUUGGGGCUGUCCACCAUUAUCAACAAAGCCUGGACGUUGCUGACAUUCUUGUUUAAUCUUAUUAUCGUCGGUCAGCUUCUCAACGCCGUUAGCGCCAAUGGUUCUUUCAUCUACGAGAUCGUCAUCACCGUCCUCUUUGUCGUGGUCUGCAUGUACUGCUUCGUGGCAACAGCUUUGAGGUCAGUCUGGGGUAAAGAGCUUCUUCCACUGGGCAAGCCAUUUUUGCAGGUCAGCUACCUUCAUUCUCAAGGAGAACAAGCUUUCUGGGCGGACGGUCGUCGAGCCAGUGGAGUUAAAGCAAUAGCAGAUAUUAUGAACAAAGGAGGAAUUUGUGGCAUCCCUACUGACACCGUGUACACACUGGUAGCUGCCUGCAAGUUCCCUGACUCUGUGGAGAGGGCAUACAAUACGAAGAAGCUCGCUGAAGACAGACCAAUGUCGAUGUGGAUCUCAAAGGUGGAGCAGUUGGAAGCCGGUAGAGAAUUGUUUGGAGAACUGGUCUGGGGUCUGAUGAACGAGAUCUGGCCUUCCACAGUCAGUCUUGUGGUACCUAAAGGCGAGUGGCUUCAAGGUCUGGGCAUUGGAGCUUCAGAAAAAUACAUCGGGCGUCCGGACAGUAUUGCCUGCCGAAUGCCAGACAACACUGUCACCUCUCAUCUAAUUGACCAGACUGGACCAAUAGCUGUGACGUCAGCCAAUCCCACGGGAGAGGCUGAUACUACCCACCAUCUCCAGGUUUUGGCCAAACUUGGCCUUGAGAAUUGCGAUGGUAUUUUAUGUUCCGGACCAUCUCCUGAAAACAUGGCUUCCACUGUGGUCGACUGCCGAGCGCUUAGCAAGGAGGGGAAACUCGCCUUCUUCCGUAUCGGCGUAGUGCCGAGGUCUCAGGUCGAGGCCAUGUUUGCCAAGGUCAGACUCAUCCAGGAGGGAGGAGUCCCACCGACCAUAGCAGCAAGAACGUCUGUUGGAAACGGAUGUCACCUCAACUCAGCAUUCGUGGAUGAUCAGAAUAACCCGAUGGAGAAUGUUCCCGUCUAUGACGACACUGUGGUUGUAAACGAUCACCAUGACAACGAUGACGACAACGACGAAACCGGUGCUCCGCCAGCGCCAUCUCCCGACAACAAUGCUUCCUUCGACGUCAGCUUCGCGGAGUCCACCGUGGAGGACGAUGCCCAGCUGAUCAAUAUCACUUCCUUGGCUCCCCCUCGCCCCAUUAAGAGCAUCACCGGGAAAAUGAACAAGGUAUACGAGAGCCUCAACCCGCUGCACAGAAGGAGCCAGAAAGCCGCCGGCGGAAGCGGCGGGACGGCACUGAACCAGAGUUUGGAUUCCGAAGGGGACUCGGUGUCUACCAAGAGCUCUUCGGCCGGAAGCGACGCCUACGAGCCGAUGCAAGUCAGACGAAAAGAUUCCGACUACAUCGCCAAAGUGACCCCAGCAGCCAGCUUUAAUCCGAUGUUUGAGGAUGACCAGGUCCAAACAAAACUCUAAAUCUAGCUGCAAAACUCAAGAGUCUAUUUUCAAACUAGAAAAUCUACUGCAAAACUAAAAGUUCUUUUACAAAAUUUAACAACAAUUCAAAUGUCCAGUUUGCCAUUUUGAUUGAAUUAUUUCGCAGAUAGAAUUAUACCUUUCGUAUUAGCCUUUACAAUAAAGAUAUAUACAAUGAAUACUUAUUUUGUUUAGGUAAUUGAAGUAGAAUGUUGCAGAUCUAUUAAAACUUACAAAAUGAUUGAAGAUUGAUUUAACUUGUAUAACAAACUAGUGAAUGUAGCUAUCAUUUGUGUUAUUUAACUAGCUUUAAUCCACCGGAUACGUCCGGCAUUUUUUUAUUUUUCAUUUUUAUAUAUAACUGUUUAUAUUUUACAAUAUGUGGAGAGUAACUGUUGACAGCUGACUCUUCCGGUAACGAUGUAUUGUUGUUUUUGAUUGUUUCAAUGUGUAUCUAGUGGAUGAAACAUACAAUACAUUUCUAGUCUUUCUUGCUGCCUUAUAAGUGAAUAUUCGUUAUUAGAACAUUAGCUGGCUAUCUAGUGAUGAUAGUAUGAGAAAAAUGGGCAUUUGUAAGUGAAGCAAAUUAGAGAGAGAGAGAAAGAGAGAGAGAGAGAAAGAGAGAGAGAGAAAAAAAAGAAAGAGAGAAAGAGGAAAAGAGAGAAAAAAAAGAGAGAGAGAAAGAGGAAAAGAGAGGGAAAAAAAGAAAGAGAGAGAGAGAAAGAGAAAAAAAAAGAGAAAGAGAGAGAAAGAAAGAGAGAGCAUGAGCAUUGAUAGAAAGAAUGAAAGAGGUCCAAUUUGCGCGCGUGUGUGUAGGCAUUCAUAUAUAUAUAUAUAUAUAUAUAUAUUAUUUCUGACAACUGUGUGGGUAUAUUGGUGUUUCACACAAAACAAUACAACUUCAUGUCUGUUGAAACCUAUCUAAAACUGUCUGUGCACUUACAUAUCAACUCAAACGGUGUUGUGAUACACAUGAGAUAUCUUCAAAACUGCCUGUAUAUAUUGUACACUCUUAUGCAUUCGGACUUGAAUAACCAAGGUUGCUUUUUUUUUUUUCUUGCACUACAAAAUAUUAAAGUUGGCCAUGAAAGUCAUUCAAAUUGAUAUUUAUUGAAUUUCGUUUUGUUUUGUUAAUUUAUUGUUAUGACAGUGUAUUAUUUUAUAUUACGAAAAAUAAAAAAAAAGUAAAAGAAAAGCUGAUAUUUUGAAAAUGAAAAUAAUAAAUUUUUGCUUCCAUUUAUUACUUUAAAAAAUACAAUUUAAUGUCGACAUUUUGUGAUUAUGUCGAAAUAAAUCAUUGUUGCUGUUUUAUUUGAGAGUAUUAAAGAGAAU